GUGUGCGACCGCCCAGCCCUGCCCGCAGCGGCCGAGCCAUGCUGGGAGUGCUGUAGCCGAGCCGGAGAUGGACGGUGUCAGCAGCAACAGGAACAUGUCUUACAGUAGAUGGAGUUACAACAGUGUUCUGGAUGAUGAGGGGAGCAGCUUGCGUCAGCAGAAGCUUGACAGACAGAGAGCACUGCUGGAACAGAAGCAGAAGAAGAAGCGCCAGGAGCCACUGAUGGUUCAGUCCAAUGUGGACAGCCGGGCAAGGACGCGCAGGGCGAAGCAUUCGGAGGAGCAGGCCCCGCUGGUGGAAUCCUAUCUCAACAGCAACAGCAGCACUAUAUAUCAUGCAGUGCAGGAGGCUGAACAGGAAGAUGUAAAGGUGGUAGUGGAUGCCCAAGCUCCGAAACCAACUAAAAAAACCAAGGCAGCAGCUGCGAGCUGUCAGAGCAGCAGCACCAGAAAGGAGAAAAAAGGGAAACACAAAGGGAUUGAUGGCCCAGCUGCUUUUCAAGAUGAUGUUCAGAAGAUUGGAAGUCAAGUGCAGAUUCUCACUGUUGGACAGUCUAGCCAUGAUGAAGAUGAUGGUGAGAAAGUGGCUACUGGCCAACAGCAAAGCAAGCAAGAACUUAGAACAGCAAUGCAGAAAAAAGAUCCCCAUGCAAAUACAUCCUGGUCCUCUUCCACCUCCCAAUCCAGCCUUGUCGCCCUGGAUCAUGUUCCUGGCAUUUCAAGUAGCAUGAAUUUUGAUGAGGAAGAAGAUGAGGAGGAUGAAGACAGCUCCAGUUCUUCACAGUUAAACAGUAAUACCCGGCCUGGUUCUGCCACAAGCAAGAAAUCCAAUAAGGAAGCGGCCUCAGCCCCUAGUCCUCCCACAAAUGAGCCUCUCAUAGAUGUGGAUGACCUGGAGGAGUUUGCUGUCAGACCUGCCCCACAGGGGGUCACUGUCAAGUGCAGGAUCACAAGAGACAAGAAGGGAAUGGACCGAGGGAUGUACCCUACUUAUUACCUCCACUUGGAAAGGGAGCAUGGUAAAAAGGUGUUUCUGUUGGCUGGAAGGAAACGAAAGAAGAGUAAAACCUCUAAUUACCUCAUCUCUAUAGACCCAACUGACCUGUCUCGCGGUGGAGAGAGUUUUAUUGGAAAACUGAGAUCAAAUCUUAUGGGAACUAAGUUUACAGUUUAUGACAAUGGAGUAAAUCCAAUGAAAACAACAUCCAGCCUGGAGGCAAGUACCCUGCGUCAGGAGCUAGCUGCUAUUUGUUACGAAACAAAUGUCCUGGGGUUUAAAGGACCUCGUAAAAUGAGCGUGAUCAUACCAGGAAUGAACAUGGAUCAUGAAAGAGUUUCCAUCAGGCCACGAAAUGAACAUGAGACACUUCUUGCAAGGUGGCAGAACAAAAAUACAGAGAGUGUCAUUGAGCUGCACAACAAAACACCGGUCUGGAAUGAUGACACCCAGUCCUAUGUUCUGAAUUUCCAUGGUCGAGUCACCCAGGCCUCAGUGAAGAACUUCCAGAUUAUCCAUGAUAAUGACCCUGACUACAUCGUGAUGCAGUUUGGCCGCGUGGCUGAGGAUGUGUUCACCAUGGACUACAACUACCCGAUGUGUGCACUACAAGCCUUUUCCAUUGCCCUUUCCAGUUUUGACAGCAAGCUGGCUUGUGAGUAAAGGGGCGUGGGUGAGCAUCCUCUCGAAGGAAGUAGUUUGCCAUAUGAUUCCCAGUUCCUGCUGAUGUCGCUUACGGUCCUUACUAAAAAGGUCAGGGGAAAACGCAGUUGUGGAGGACCAUUCUGUUGCUGAAGACAAAGUAAAAGGAAAUCUUCUAAAAAUUCAGAACAUUCAGGAAAUUUUAUUUUCCCGUUUUUUUUGUUGCUGUUCCUGUCAUAUUUUUCUGGAAGUGACAUCAAGUUUUUGUAAACAGGAGUUGUCUCUCACGUCCCUGGUUAUGUUAUGGAUGUGUGCCAUGAUGUACUGUACCGUGGCUCCAGUAGCACCAUGACAGUGGUGUCUUUUUUUAAAAUCCAGGAAGGGCGUGAGCGCUCCAAAAGUUUCUUUUUACAUUUAAGAAUCAUUCUGAGGCUGCAAUCGUACCUCAAGGUUGCAUUCCUGCAUCAACUAAUCAGAGCUUCACAUCAUCCUGCGUAAGAGAAAGAUGAGGAAAAAAGAUGCACUUUUUUUUUUUUUGAUUGUGCAAGGAUCUCUUGUAGUGUAAAGCUGAGUCUGAAGGUUGAGAACCUCAACUGGACUGAACUUGAUUCAUUACUAUUGUACAUGUAGUAGGGCAUGAUGAAUUUUAACUGCAGUAGGAGGAAAUGGAGAAGUGGAAAGCACAAAAUAAUGUUGCACAAGUCACUUGAAUUCUAAGCUGUCAUUAUGUUUUAACAUCUACAUGCUUUUUAAUUUGUUUCAAAUGGAAAUAUAUUUGCAGUACAGAAAGGGAAAAGGAAAACAUCUUGAUGCCAAGAAAGCAUAACUUAUGUUCAAUUUGGCAUUUUGUGGGCUGGGAAUUUAUAUCCUAGUAUUGCUGUGGUAAUUCAAACAUAUUUUGUAUGGAGUGAUAUAAGCAAUUGGAUAAAGGCACUCUGAAGAGAAUCUUAUUAUUUUGAACAGGCUGUGUAAAGCUGAGGAAGGUAAAUGGAAAUAUUUUAUUAAAUUUGUCUGGCCUUUUGAGCUUUUACAAUUUGUUGAUUGCAUUUUUUGAACUUUGAGCAACAACCACUUUUCAUAUUUAUUUCCCAUUGUAAGAAUGCUUGAAAUCGAUUGAAACUGUGUAUACUGUUCUCUGAUGUAAACGUGCCAGCUACUGAGCUAAAUCCUUCUAGGCAAAUCUAGUGUAUGCUGCAUACAAAUGUGACACUGGCAGGACACAGAAUAGCUUAAAACAGUGCAGAUUUUGCCUUUCCUUUUUUCUGAUCUAUCUGGGAUAUAUAAACAAAUAACAUUUCGAAACAAAACACAAGCAAAGAACAAGCCAUUGUUAUCUUCUCUUGUGAACAUUUCAAAAGCCAGGAGCUGCAGCUUGAAACUACCUUGUAUAACAUCCUUAAAAAUAAUGGUCAUGCUACCAUUGUUCUGUGCAAUGUUGUCCAGAAUGGCACACAGAGCAAUAGAAUUCAUACGUUCACCAGAAGGGUGUAAAAAUGCAAGUGAAGUAGUAGCUGUGUUUUAUACUGUGGGUGUUCAGGCCCUCCUUUUUAUUCCUUAUCAACUCUUGCACUGCAGAAACAGAGAUUAUCCAAUGUAAUCUGAUUGUCUCAUAGUUGACAGGCCCUUUUUGAUUGUAGGGGACAGGCCAUGAAACUCUCCUCAAGGUCGUGCCAUUUGGACUGCAUCAUUCCAACUAAAAAAAGAAAUAUGCUCUCUUCACCUUUGCCUUCAGCUCUCCUUCCCAGUAUACAGGCAAAGGAAUUUCAGAUAAGAGAUGAAAACAAAUAAUUGCCAGCAUUUUUUCUAAUCUUUUUAACAAUCCAUGGGAAGAAGGUCUGCUGGCUUUAAACAGUGUUUUGUUGAAAGACUCAGCAUGUCAAAUAUUAUCUUUAAUUAACAGGAAGCUUUUUCUCUCCCCCCCCCCCCCAUCUUUUUGCAAGGAGCCUUUCCAUGCAGUGGUAUAAAAUGGAAAGACACCUUUUGUUUGAGUGAAACAAGCAUCGGUUCCCUCCAUGAUUGAUUGAAGUGCUGAGUCACGAGCUGCAGGGUGAUACUUUGGCUUCGGGUGCUUUGUUUGCCUCUGUCGCUGGUAGUUUCCCACAGUUUCACAUCCUCAUCUGUCAUCUCACUUCAGAGUUAACAGAGAAGGCCCUUAGGUCUCUGCUUACCUCAUGCCAGCCUUUAAAAACUAGCUCCAGUGACCACCAGAAUUUUUUGUUUGGACUACUGCAAAACCAAUCAGGAAUUCCCAAUGCUGGUAUUUAGGUGUGAUGUGGAUUUUGAGAACUCUGCAGCAUGGGAAUGGCUGGAUCUGCAUGGUUUGAAUUCUGUGCCUUGCCAGUCAAAUGCUUACUUUAGAGCCUGAGAAAGUGGCACCUGACACAGUUUUCUGCCUCUGUCCGUGCACAACACUGUGUCAAAGGAACCGAGCGUCUCGUGGUGCAAGUACACAAUCUGCUGGCCUUAGUGGUGGAGUUGGUUUAGGAAGGGUUAUUUUUAACCCAGAUCAUAACAAUGGUCUGACUCAUACCAUGACCCCCCCAGGGAACUGGCAUGAAAGGAAACUCAUGUGCAGUGAACUCCUGCACAAGGGUGAGAAUGAGGGGCUGGGGAAAGGCUGCAAGUUCAGCUUCUUGGGACAACCUUGCUGCCAGCACAUUGUGUAACUUCACUCUCACUGCAUGUUCUUCCCAGCCAGGUAUUUUUUUUUUAACCUGUAACCAUGCCAGGAGGAAAGUGAUGACUCAAAUUCCCAUCAUCUUAACAGAAUCGUACAGGGCAAUCAGCCAACGAGCUGCUGAGGGAAAAACUCCCCACAAUAAAUUGAGGUCACUAGAGGGGGAUGUUAACCUGGGAGUAAGAAUGAGGAACUCUCAUUAAAUCUGGUUCAGUUAGAAUACGAUUUGUUCCUAAUGCCCUUUGCCAAAACUCUAAUUCCUCACUAUUGUUGAGCAAGGCUACUCUUGUUAUUUGAUUCACUCUUCCUUUGCUAUCUGCUCUGGAAGCAGUUUCAAAGAUUAAUUUUGAAUCUGUAUAAUUUCUGAUGGAUAAUUUUUGCUGGAUGUUUUCUGGUGGAGGUCACAUGCAAAGUGAUACCAAAAGCUUUCCAGCACAUCUCUAAAUUUUGUCCUCCUGAUGUGGAAAAGUCAAACCAGGUUCUGUCUUAGCGUAGAGUCGUACCUGAAAUUACAUUUUCCUCAUGAAGUUGCAUUUUCUUCCCCAUCAGUAAUAAAAUCUUGGUACUAGUAAGUAUUUUCAGAGACAGGUGCACACUGAAGUAACCAAGGAGUAGUUAGUGAUACACUCCUGUUCAUAACAUCUGCUGGACCUGCAUUCAGUGUGCAGCAGGGCAUAACCUUGUUUACUCAGUGUGACAAAGAACAGAAUGGCCCCAAGCUGUGUAUUUCCUUCACACAGUCUUAGUGAAUGUUUGGAUACAGUAGAUUUAAUGUUAUUUAAAAUCCCAGUAUAGAUGAUUUUUCGCAGCUGCUGUUGAUUUUGGCAGAGUUGUAAACAAAUUCCUUGCCUGAAUUGCUUAUGGGCAAAUACUGCAUGCUUUAAUGAGAGUUCUUAAUCUAACUUGUCACUCUGUUUACAUCAAACAGUUUCUUCCUGGCCCUUUAUCUAAUUUUCUUCAUCUCUGAUGUUCUGUUCCUUCUCAUUCUCUUUACAAUUCCUUAAUCUGCUCUUCAAGGAUGUGCAACUCAAAAGUGUUUGACAAUAUUGCUCAGUGAUCUCUCCACAGAUGAAUAAUGCCUUUGGUGCGCAUUCAGUGAUGCUCCUACAAUAGAAGCCUUAUCAGAGGGGUGAAUUUGGCCCUUUGGCUUUUCAGGAGAGUAAAUUAACACAUUAAAAGGUAGCAGAUAAAAAAGCUUGCCUAAAAUAUAAUCUGAAUUUUUCUCAGUAAACAUUCAGUUUCCAAACCAUUGGUUGCAAAUCAAUGAGCAGAGCUGUCCACAAGCCUGGAGGCAGGCUGUUAAAGUCCCUUUGUAGUUCUGCCUUAUUUUUCCUUUUUUUUUUUUUUUUUUUUUUUUUCCAAAAGAUUGGAAGCGAUAUUGUGAGCUGAAAUGUGUUGGUGGCCUAAAAUAGUUUAUUUUUUAGAAGCUAGGCAUCACUCUGUUCCUUUUGUAGGAAAAUAUAUGGCACAUAAAACAGUAAUGUCAGGCUCUUGUUAUGAAUUCUGCUGUUAAGAAAUCAGUAAGAACAGUUUUGUAAUAAUUACUGGGCAAAUCUCUUGCUAUUCAAGUUGCCUUACAAUAGAGCUGGAGUUCCCAACUGGCUAUCCUCAUGAGGUCCUAGCACUGAAGGAAGAGUUGGAGUGAAAAGGCUCUGUAAUAAAAUCUGGUGACUGCACAAUUGAAAAAUAUUAUUGUGGAGUCAAAUGACACCACAGAGUUUCACUGGUCAUGGGGAACCAAUGCCAUCAAUUCAAACUUUCUGAGGUUUUGUUCCUUUGUGGUGAACAAAGGAGGGGCUUUAAACAAGAAGAGACACCAGUGAGCUCUCCAAAAGUAUUGGGCAUUAGACCUGCUUUUCUGCUAUUAAAAUCUUACUCCUAUCUGGGUGAUUCCUAUUAAAAAAAAACCAGAAAAUCAAUCCAGUCCUUACUAUGGAAAAUCAUUCUUUGUUCUUAUAUCAUAGUUUUUUCCAAAUUUUAUUAUUAAUUAAUUUGUAAUUUCACAGGAGGCUAAAACAAGGAUGGGGAAAGAAGAGUUUUUGCCCUGAAGGGAUGAUGAGUCUAGACCAAUAUCAGAUUAUUUUGUGUUUGUUUAUUGUAGUAGGACAGGACAGGGGGUUGCCUGAUGUUCUGGGCAGAGAAGGUUUCUCCUAAUGUAUUGCAGGCGUCAGAGGGAAGAUUUUGGGUUUGAUCCUGUGGCAUACUAACUAUUUGCCCCAUACUAUCCCAUUGACCUCCUAAAACAUCAUUUGUGAGAUUUGUUCCUGCUUUUACAGAAGCCUGUGCUCACCAAUCAGGUGUCUUUGCUUGGCAAUUAAGGAAAGCACAGCAGUCACCUUUAUUAGAAUUAUGGGCUGAUGACUCAGAUUUCUCAAAAAGGCCUCAUUUUGAUUACUAGAAUAAAGUAGUUUUAUACAUAUAAGUCUUACAGUAGAGUUAAUCUAACUGUAGGUGCAGGCUUCUCUUGUAUGUGCUACUUAAUGGAAUCAGGUUCCUGUUGUUCCUCGUGUACAAAAAGUACCUUCUAGGGUUCUGCUCUGUAAGUGUUUGGAAUUAAUUAUGUAGAUAUUCUUCAGUUCUUUUUGUUGCUCGCCAAGGAACUAAGAAAAGAAUUUGCACAACUAUCGCAAUGCUUUGGUGUUUUGCUAUGAACUAUAGCUCAGUAGCUGAUACUCACAAAUGCCUGUAUAUUGGAUGAAACCACAUUAAAACUUAUUUUGUAUGUUGUAUUUUAUUUAACUGCCUAUACAUUUUCGACUCCCCUUUUUCAGUAAGGGUAUGUUUAUCUAUACCUUCACAGAGAAGACUUGAAUUAAAUGACUUUCCUGAAACUCUUUAAUGGAACCAGUACUCUGGUUUGCUGAAUGGCUCUAGGAAGAGAACACUGUUCAGAUGAAUUAUGCGUACAUUUUUGAGAAAAAACCUUCCCUAUUCACAUCAUAAUUGGAUUAUAUAAUAACACUGGAAGCUUAUCAUGGUUUUAUUUAAGUCUGCAAUGGCAGUUUGAAAAUUCUCUGACAAAAGCUUGUUAAGCACAUGAACCGUAACAUAGUCCUACUUGAGAGUCAGAACCUCACAAGGACCUUGAAUACUCAUGAUCUAUUCUGUGCUUGGGUACAG